AUGUUCGAGCAGUUUAAUAUAAAAGAUGAAUUCCAAAAGGAAAAUCGAACGUCAAAACCGCCCGAUUUGAAUGAACCGACGAUGAAAAAGGCGAAAUUAACGCUGCAAAACGAUGAAAAUGGAAACGAUUUGGAUAAUCACAAUCUCGCCCCAUCGAAAUCAAAAGGAAAUCCAUGCCAAUUAUGUAAACAAGCGUUCCCUUCAAUGGAUGAGCUUGUUAUGCACGCGAAAAUUGAGCACACCCCUCGAAAACAAAGAACGUUUUCUGUUGAAGAUAUCGAGUACUUUUUAAAAGUUUUUUUAAAGCUUAAAAAAAGUCAUUGUCCGAUUUGUCACAAGGCGAUAUUGAAUACUUUAAAUUGGAGGGGCCACAUGUACACGCAUUGCGUUAGCAAGAACAUUUCAUGUCGGGUUUGUGGAAAAACAUUUACAAGAGCCGAUCAUUGUAAGAAUCACGAGGCGAGACACAAAGUUAAAAUUGAAGGUGAAAUGAGCGAAGAAGAUGAGUUUGACGAUUAA